CAACACACUGUUGUCAUCGGUAGCGCACAAAAUUUAACACACCUGUUUCAAAUCAGUAAUGUGUUGCUCCUAAUCAGUAAGAAGGAUAUAAAGCCAUGUCAAAUCCAGAUGGCAUGUGUGAUUUUCACAAUGGAGGGCAAGAGAGAAGGUGGAAGAGGAAGAGGAAGAGGAGACGGAGGAACAACAACAACAACAACAACAACAACAACAACAACAAGAGCCAUAAUUUCCAAUGAAAUUAGAGCAACAAUCAUACACCAUGUUCUGGUUCGUGGAAUGAGUAUGAGGAAAGCAGGACUACGUGUUCAACCAAAUAUAAGCAGGUUCUCUGUGGCCUCCAUUGUCAGGACAUUCAGAGAAGAGAACAGAAUUGAAAGACUGCCACAUGCUGGUGGAAGGAGAGGUAUGUUUUCACAACAGCAGGAGACCAUUAUUGUCAAUAUGGUCCUUCAAAAUAAUCUCAUUCGUCUGCGUGAAAUACAACAGCGAGUUGAGGAAGACAACGUGAACUUUGAAGGAAUCAACAGUGUGAGUCUCUCCACAAUUGACUGUGUCCUGAAACGCAACCUGACAUGUCUCAAACAAGCCUACAGAGUACCAUUUGAGAGAAAUUCUGAAAGGAGAAUGUUUCAACUGGAUUCCAUGGAGAGGCCUCAUGAGUGCAUCUUCUUGGAUGAAGCUGGCUUCAAUCUCACCAAGAGGAGAAGGAGAGGCCGCAACAUUAUUGGUCAACGUGCCAUUGUAGAGUUGCCAGGGCAGCGUGGUGGCCAUAUGUGCUGAUGGCAGCACAUAUGGUCACGAUUUUGGGGUGGGGUUAUUCACCGCCAUGUGACUUUAGGGCCUUACAACACUGCCCAUCUUAUAAUGUUUCUGCAUGCUCUACAGGAAGCACUACUGAGACGUGAACAGAGGUGAUGAGCAGGCAGAGCAUCCCAUGUAUGUGGUAAUCUGGGACAAUGUGAAUUUUCACCGUGGUCCUAGAAUUCGUGAGUGGUUUGAAAAUAACCUACGUUUUAUAAAUGUGUGCCUCCCACCAUACUCACCCUUCCUUAAUCCCAUUGAAGAAUUUUUUUUUUU